AUGAGAAAGAAAAUCUCAAUUAUUGGAGCUGGACAAAUUGGCUCAACCAUAGCGCUUCUUUUAGGUCAGAAAGAUUUGGGAGAUGUUUAUAUGUUUGAUAUUAUUGAGGGGGUUCCACAAGGGAAAGCUUUGGACUUGAAUCACUGUAUGGCACUAAUAGGAUCUCCAGCAAAAAUAUAUGGUGAAAAUAACUAUGAGCAUUUACAAGAUUCAGAUGUUGUAAUCAUAACAGCAGGAAUACCCAGAAAACCGAAUAUGACACGUUCAGAUUUACUCACUGUUAAUGCAAAGAUUGUUGGCUCAGUUGCAGAAAAUGUGAGUAAAUAUUGUCCUGGUGCAUUUGUAAUUUGUAUCACUAACCCACUUGAUGCUAUGGUAUAUUAUUUUAAGGAAAAAAGUGGAUUACCAGCUAAUAAAGUUUGUGGCAUGUCAGGAGUACUUGAUUCAGCUAGGUUCAAAUGUAAUUUAAGCAAAGCACUAGCUGUGAAGCCUUCUGAUGUAUCUGCUAUUGUAGUAGGUGGUCAUGGAGAUGAGAUGAUACCAUUAACUAGCUCAGUAACUAUUGGGGGAAUUUUGCUUACUGAUUUUGUUAAGCAGGGUAAAAUCACAAAUUCACAAAUCGAUGAAAUUAUUAAAAAAACAGCAUUUGGUGGUGGUGAAAUUGUUGAGCUUUUAAAAACUGGUUCAGCAUUCUACGCUCCAGCUGCUUCAGCAGUAGCUAUGGCACAAGCCUACUUGCAUGACACUAAAUCUAUACUUGUUUGUUCAACCUAUCUUACUGGCCAGUAUAGUGUUAAUAACCUUUUUGUUGGUGUUCCUGUUAUCAUUGGAAAAAAUGGAAUCGAAGAUGUUGUUAUUGUUAAUUUUAAUGAUGAAGAGAAAUCACUUUUCUCCAAAUCCGUUGAAUCAAUCCAAAACCUUGUCCAAGACUUAAAAAACCUUAAUCUUUAA